AUGGCCAUCGAAAACAUCUUGAUACUUGGCAACGGAGAUCUUUGCCGUUCUAUCAUCUCCGCUCUAUGCUCACGACAGACAUUAUUGUCUGACGACUGCAACUACAAGAUUACUGUACUAACAUACCUUUCUCAAACACUUACUCUUCCAAUCAAUCUGUCCCAAUUUCAUGUGUCACACAAAACGUCUGAUUUUACACCAACCACACUACAGUCAGCUUUCGCCGGCUAUGAUGUUAUCCUAAGCACAAUGGCAGGUGGAGACUCGGUCCUACAGAUUAGCAUAAUCAACGCCGUGGUAGCCGCUGGAGUCAAGCGAUUCGUUCCUGAUGAGUUCAGUCAUGAUAGUCUGAACAAGCAGCUACAAGCCCGCCUACCCAAGCAUGCAGAACGAGCAAAGGUCAUUAACCAUCUCAAGAACCUGUCAGAUACUAGUCCGAGUUUUGAGUGGACGGCAGUCGCUACAGGGUAUACACUUGACACCAAAAUCGUCAAUGGAGACAUGGGCCUUGACAUGGAAUGGCAAAGUGCUACUUUUCAUGGCACAGGGAUGGAGCUAUUUGCGGUGUCCAGCCUAGCAAGAGUAGGCCAGGUUGUAGCUCGAGUGCUUGCCCAGUGGGAACAGACCAAAAACCAAUACAUCUAUGCUGCCGGCGCCAUCAUAUCAGCCAACGACGUCCUGAAGUCUGUCGAAGAGACGACCGGUCAAGAGUUUGCCGUAGGAAAUUAUGGCGUAGAAGAAUGCAUCGAAGAGGCGCGGAAGAGGGUCGAAAGAGGCUAUCCUGAUUCGGGACUUGCUUUGCUCGAGCGGAGUAUUCUCUACGAUGGCCAGUUGGAUGCAUCAGCACCUUUUAGGACACACAACGCCAAUGAUAUGCUAGGCCUUGCACCAGAGUUGGCAAACUUCAUUGUUAUAGAGGCAUAUCAUCACUUGAAGCAUCUUGGCAAACCAGGUUGCGCAUGUGCAACAUAA